CUCGUGCUGAUCCCGGCCUUCAAGGACCACUUCCUCGCCGCGCGGCUCUUCGGCGAAGACCUCAACAAGGCCUCACGGCGACCCGUCCCCGAAGCGCAGGGCGUGAUCAGCGGGGCCGUGUUCCUGAUCAUCCUCUUCUGCUUCAUCCCUGUGCCCUUCCUGAGGUGCUUCGUGGAGGAGCAGUGCGUGGCCUUUCCUCAUGACGAGUUCGUGGAGCUCAUCGGUUCGCUCCUCGCCAUCUGCUGCAUGAUUUUCCUGGGCUUUGCAGAUGAUGUUCUGAACCUGCGCUGGCGCCACAAGCUCCUCCUUCCUACCAUGGCUUCCCUCCCGCUACUCAUGGUCUACUUCACCAACUUUGGGAACACGACCAUUGUGGUGCCUAAGCCUUUCCGGGUGCUGCUGGGCAUGCAUUUGGACCUGGGUAUCCUCUACUACGCGUACAUGGGCAUGCUAGCAGUGUUCUGCACUAACGCCAUCAACAUUCUUGCUGGAAUUAACGGAAUCGAAGCAGGGCAGUCUCUGGUGAUAGCUGCUUCCAUUAUCAUAUUCAACAUCUUAGAGUUAAAUGGGGAUUAUCGAGAUGAUCACAUUUUCUCUCUCUACUUCAUGAUUCCCUUUUUUUUUACCACGCUGGGGCUGUUUUACCACAACUGGUACCCAUCUCGAGUGUUUGUUGGAGACACCUUCUGCUACUUUGCCGGCAUGACCUUUGCCGUGGUGGGGAUCUUGGGGCACUUCAGCAAAACAAUGCUGCUUUUUUUUAUCCCGCAAGUGCUCAACUUCCUCUACUCGUUGCCUCAACUCUUCCACGUCAUUCCUUGUCCCCGUCACCGGCUGCCGAGGCUCAAUCCUAGUACAGGGAAGUUGGAGAUGAGCUACUCCAAAUUCAAAACUAAGAGCCUCUCUGCGCUGGGAACAAACAUUCUGAAGGCAGUCGAGAUCUUGCACGUAGUAGAUGUGAGGAGUGGAACGGAUGAAGAUGGCGAAUACACCGAGUGCAAUAAUAUGACACUUAUUAACUUUGUUAUCAAGCUGAUUGGACCCACUCACGAGCGAAAUCUCACUCUCCUGUUGCUACUCAUUCAGGUCCUGGGCAGCACGAUUGCAUUUGCGAUCCGGUACGCCAAAUGA